AUGAAAUUGAGUUUCUUUCUUAUACUAUUCGGGAGUGUUCUUGUGGUCUGUGAUGACAUUCUUGAAGAUUCUCGCUUAACUACGACCGAAUUGCUAAGGAAAUAUGGAUACCCUGCAGAGACACACAUCGUAACCACUGAGGAUGGAUACAUUUUGGAGUUGCAUCGCAUCCCGAACCCGGGAAAGCAUGUUGUGUUUCUUAUGCAUGGUAUGCUCAGCUCUUCCGCUGAUUGGAUUCUGAUGGGACCUAAUGUGGGUCUGGGAUACAUGCUUCAUGACCUGGGCUACGACGUUUGGAUGGGAAACGCUCGCGGGAAUAGAUAUUCGCGACGUCACACCAGUUUGAAUCCCAAUUUGUCGACUUUUUGGGCUUUCACUUGGCAUGAGAUCGGAACAAGAGAUCUGCCAGCGAAGAUCGAUUACAUCGUGCAGAUUACGGGUCGCAGUGCUAUUCACUACAUUGGCCACUCGCAAGGAACGACGGUUUUCUGGGUGAUGGCGUCAGAAGUGCCGUCCUAUAACAGUAGGAUUUUGUCCAUGCAAGCACUGGCUCCAGCUGCUUAUAUGCAUCACACGAGAAGUCCUUACGUCAACGGACUGGUUAUGUGGCUCACAACGACGACGAUGGCUCUGCAAGUCAUGGGUGUGCACGAUUUUGCGCCCACGGAUCAGAUGAACAGAGUCGGAGGACAAGAUGAGUGUCGCGAUGGUGCUCCGACUCAGUCGAUGUGCUACAAUGAGAUCUUCCUCUUGGCAGGAUACAAUUCCGCCGAACUGAACACAACAAUGCUUCCUGUUAUCAACGGACACUCUCCAGCCGGUGCUUCAACGCGACAAAUGAUUCACUUCGGACAAGUGACGAGAUCCCGCAUCUUCCGCCAGUAUGAUCACGGUCCAGUGAUGAACCAAGUGCACUACGGACAACUCACGCCUCCUCAAUAUCAGCUGCAGCGCGUCACAGCCCCCGUUUAUAUGUACCACAGUUUCAAUGACUGGCUGGCCGCUCCGGAGGAUGUUGAUCUCCUCUUCAGGCGACUGCCGAAUGUGAGGGUGAAGCACUUGGUGUCCAUGAUGGAGUUCAACCACUUGGACUUCGUUUGGGCGAUCAACCAGAGGACUCUGCUGCACGAGCACGUGGUGAGAAAUAUGCGAGCUCGAGAGAAUUGA